CCCCUCUUCAAAUCGAUAGCAAAGCAAGCUGCAUAAACGGUUCCGCUUCAUAUGACGAGCAUCAAGGAUAGCAAAUGCGUGCUUGUAACGGGUGCCACCUCUGGGAUCGGACGUGCCUUGGCUCAAAGCAUCGCCAGGUUGCCGGGCAAACCCUGCGUCAUCGCAGCUGGACGGCGGCAGGAACGACUCGAUGAACUCGCUAAAGAGGGCUUAGAGACCGUUCAGCUCGAUGUCGAAGCUAGUCACGAUGCUUUGAAGAAGUUUGUUGAAGAGAUCGUUCUCAAGUAUCCCAAUCUCGAUUCUAUUAUUCUCUGUGCCGGAGUUCAGCAUGAAUUCGAUUUUAAGGGUGAAGUCGAUUUGUCCAAGGUUGUCAGCGAAAUUAACAUCAAUUAUACGUCCGUUGUGGCGUUGAUAUCCUUGUUCCUGCCUCAUUUCCUUAAUCUUGGGGCGCAAGGUAGAAAGUGUUCCAUAAUACCCGUCACCUCUGGCCUCGCAAUUGUUCCAGCCCCCUGGGUUCUCAACUACUCGGCUUCCAAAGCGGCGCUGCACAGUUUUUCAGUCUCACUUCGAGCUCAACUGAAGAAUACAAAUGUUCACGUCAUGGAAAUUAUACCACCUCUUGUCGAAUCUGAGCUCCAUGAUGCCUACGGAACUACGGAAAAGUUGUCCAGGUUCUGGAUGCCGUUGGAAGAAUAUACCACAAAAACGAUGGAAGGGCUCGAAAACGGCGAUAUAAACAUAUACACAGGUAAUAUUCCUGGAAUUUUUGAAAAAUUUGAGAAAGGAAAGGACGAGCUCGCGGAACAAUUCCAGAAAAGAAGAGAGGAGUGGUGAAGCGGGACUUGUAACGCUCAGUAAAAAUGAUUCGUCAGGUGUUGGUCAUAUGGUAGUCACGCUAGUGCACGAAAAUGCGCGACAUGACUAAAAGCAGUCUUUUUUACAAAA